UUAUCCGCGCGUAAAAAUCCUACUCUCCGUUGUUCAGAGCGUUCAAAGCUCACUCUCGUCCACUCAAAUGGCUCUGACCAUAACCAACGGCGGCGCCGCCGGAGGCAGCGGUGGUGGGAUUCUCUACAGAACCUCCACCAAAAUCCCUUCCAACCAAUUCCUUCUCCGUCGCAACGCGCUCUUCCCGCCGUCCAAUGAAGCCCGCACCCUCCACGUCGUUCAGGCCAAGAAAUCCUCAUUCCGAACCGGGCGAUUCGACAGUAAGAACCGAAGGAGCUCGACGACGACCAAGGAACAGGAGGAGGAAGAAGAAGAACGAAAUCGGAUGGCGGAAAUUGAAAGGGAUGGUCCAAACGUUGAAAAUGCCGGCGUAGCGUUCGAUGUGGAUGAGAAUUUGCCGGAACUUCCAGGGCUUCAGCCUGAUUUCUGGGAGGGUCCGCGGUGGGAUCCCCUCGGCUUCUUCCUGGAAUAUUUGUGGGCUUUUGGCAUCGCUUUCGCGCUAAUUGCUUGCGGGAUUGCUGUUACUACAUAUAACGAAGGAGCAACUGAUUUUAAGGAUACGCCUGCAUACAAAGAAUCAGUUCAAACUCAAGAGCUAUUAGAAGAGCCCGAGGCAUCGAACCCAGAUGUUUUUGAAUCUAAUCCAACUGAGGUGGCUCCUAGUUUGGAAUGAUCUUGAUAUUUCGAUAUCAGAAACAGAUUACACGUCUUGGAUACAUUAUCAUCCUGGAAAGCAGAUAAAGAAGUGGAAAAGAAACAGAGAGAACUGUGUGAAUUUGUAAUGGCAUAUUUUCUAGGUACGUUAUGACUACUUUGUUCUGUUGUAUCUAGUUAAGAUUUUGAAUUUAUAUGUCUUAUUAGUUUUCUCAUCAACA